AUGCCGACCAAUCUUCCCUCGAGCUUUGCCUCGGCUGCCGCUGGCCAAAACGCCAAUUCCAGGGGAGGAAGAGCUGAUGGAAGAGGAGCUACUUCUGGAGACUGGGCAAGGAGAGAUGGCCGCUCUACCAAUGGAACUCUUACCUUCCGACGAUCUUCUACAACUCCUUUGGGUCAGCCUUCUUCGCAGCCGCCGCUCUCGACGGAUCACGCAGUUCAGCACCCCACCGCCGAAAGCCCUGUGUCUGCAUCUCCAUCGACAUAUGAGCUGCCACCAGCGCGGUACAGCAAAGAGGACCUGUUAGAGAUGUACCGUCCACAAAGGUUAGCCGACGACCCGACUCGUCUAUUUGCCACGGGGUGGAAUCCUGGCCAAAUGAAUGGACACACUCCUAGAGGUUGGGGUAAAAGCAACGACAAUCAUAUUCCACAGGAACCUGGCGCGUGCUGGGAUGAUUCUGGAGAUUCAACUCCAAUGGGACUACAGGAUAUGUCGUUGGAGGAGAAGGAGGCCUUCAAUGAGAUAAACUCGCCGCUUAAACCUCCGACCCAAAACAAAGACGCCCACCAAGGUGGCGCAAAUGGACGUAAAGCAUCUUUAUCCCAGGGCACCUCCAAUACUUUCGGCGUCAGUUCACCUUCGUCAGCUACACGACCUGGGACUCGCCGACGUGAGACUAUCGAAUCCAAUCCCUUUGGUGGAAGUGCUUUAGCAUCUCCCACUGCUAAUCGCUUCUCUCGUGAAGAUCCCUCCUACUGGCUUCAGCGCAGCAAAACUGAUCUCAGAGAGGCUGAAGCCGACGAGUCCGACAGUGAGGCCGUUCUCCGUGACGCUCCUGGAAAACUCCCUCCUUUUGGUAAUCUGAUGCGUUCCAAUACGGGUGGUAUCGGGGGGGCCAACCCCAUCUGGCCACCUUCCAACCAGACGACACCUGGUGUGGGAGCUUUUGGUAAUUUCGCUCUGCCAACUUCGCCCGCCGUUGGUGAUAAACGUGUUGGCGGUGCUGCUAGUGGGAGCAGGUUGGCUCAUCUCAUUCCCAAGGACAGCUCGGAUAACCUUAGUGGCAAGGCAGCUGAGGGUCAAAACCCUCUCAACCAGCAGUCUUGGCGCUCUCGUCCCCGAACCGACACUGAUCCAUUUGGUGAUGAUACUCUAUCUGGCAGCGCGGUUCUUGGCGGAGCUCAGGAUACUGACGCUGGUGGGAUGUCUCAGCAAGUACACCGAGCAGGAACCCUAGGAACUCCAGUCAAGGGGUCCGCUGGCGACUUCGGCAUGGCAGGCCUGAAUCUCGGAUCACAUGGUGAUGAAGGCCCUGUCAGCCCCUCCGAGACUAAUCCCUACCGCAGUCCUCCUGCUGACCGACAAGGCCAUGAUGAGAUCGAUACCAACGACGACAAGACUCACGGCGCAAGCCUUCAUGAUGGCCCUGCAAACUUCGGUUCGAUCGGUCGUGGUUUUGGUGGCUAUGAUGGAGGUGAUCGUAGCCAGACCUCGAGCGUUGGCGCCAAGGCAUACCCUUCUUUGAACACUUUAUCAGGUUGGCCCGCUUCUGGUAAUCCUGGAAUCGGCACUCCGGAUCGUGAACGACCCAAUCUAGGUGCUGCAUUUGGUGCUUCUCUUUUUAGUCCCAUGGGUGACCUCCAGUCGCCUGGACUGUCCAACCUAAACAAUGUCUUUGGACCUGCCGGCACUGGUGGUCUUGGGACAGGAAGCAUAGGUCGAGGCAGCAAGAUGGGUUCUCUUUUCCCUCCCGCAAUGCAGGCACAGAUGCAGAGUCAUGAGCAUGAUAGCCUCUCCGACUCUUUGCCCGACCUACGUCAGAGCAACCCUCUCGGCGCCAUCGGCCGAACAAACUUUGGCGUACCACUUCGCGAGGGCGACAGUCCUAUGCGAGCUAAUCGCGGCGUGUUUGGAGCACUUUUCCCGGGUCCUGAAGCCUCCUCAGCACAAGGCAUUUUUAGCACCGGAGAACCCAGUCAUCCCACCACUACUGCAACUGCUCCUCAAUCCCUUACCCCCGUCGGUGGUGGUCUGCCGUUUGGUGGCGGACAAGGCAGCACUGAGCCUCCUACAACUCAGGCCCAGCGCACGAUGGUCAUGCCAGAUCGUAUGAGAUGGGUAUACCUCGAUCCUUCUGGACAUGUCCAGGGUCCCUUCACAGGACUUGAGAUGAAUGAUUGGUACAAGGCCAACUUCUUCACCCCCGACCUCCGUGUAAAGAAAGUCGAGGAUCAGGAAUUUGAACCCCUGGGCCAGCUUAUCCGACGUAUUGGAAACUCGAGAGAGCCAUUCUUGGUUCCUCAGAUUGGUAUCCCUCAUGGUCCCCCUACCCAAGCUGGUCCUUUCUCUCCUCAGGGUAACAGUGGAGUGGUCCCUCCCCUAAGUGGUGUGUUCCCUAGCUUUGGACGCACUCUUACGGCUGAAGAACAGAACAAUUUGGAAAGACGUAAGCAAGAAGAGCAGUACCUCAUGGUACAGCAGCGCGAGUUUGUCAUGCGAGCUCAAGCUAUGUCCAAGUUCCCUCUCCCUGGCCCAAUGCUCCAGCAUCACUCCAGUGCGCACAGCCUGCAGAGCCAACCAAGCUUUGGUAGCAUUUCGUCCCCGAACCCCAUCGGAAUGUCUCACCAGCAGCCCAUUGGUGCUAUGCCACCUUCCGGAGCUUUUUUUGACGGAACUGGACCGGUCGGUAGUCAAGCAAAUAUGCCAUCGGGUUCGGGAAACGGAGAUCCCUUCAGAGAUGAUGACCUAAACAAUCUCACAACUAACGAUCGCCAGGUGCUUGCUGGUCUGCAAGGCUCUGGUGCUCCACAACCUAUUGGCGCCCCGGCCGCUGAUGCGGCACGCGCUGGUCUUCCGGACACCGAUAACCUGGAGCAAGAUCCCGAGGGAUUCAAGGAGCGUUUUCAAGAGUUCAAGGCUUACCGAGCGCAGUUCGAGGCUGAACAGGCGGCUAACGAUAUCGAGGGCAACGGUGAGGAAUCAAUUGAGCAGCCUUCCCCUGUCUCUGAGGUCGCCACUGAAGAAACCCAACGGCCCACAGAGGCUCCGGCUCUAACUGGUAAGGCUGCUCGAGCUGCUCGCAAGAAGGCAGCUGAGGAUGCCUUGUCUCUGACUCAACAGGUCCAGCAGACUCAGGCUGCUGCUGCCGCCGCCGCCGCUCAGCCAGUAGAGCCCGAUAUGCCCAUGCCUUUCCCUCCCCCUGCGUCCACCGGUACUCCACUUCCGGCCCCCACAGCUCAGCGUGCUCGUUCAAACCUACCUGAGCAGUAUAAUCGCUCUCAGACCGGAACUCCUGACAGCGUAUCAGUCAAUGCUCAGCCACCUCCCCUGGCUCCUUGGGCCAAAGACCACGGCGCUGAAGGACACAAGGGACCCAGUCUGAAGGAGAUUCAGGAAGCCGAGGCACGAAAGGCCGCAAAGGCUGAAGAGGUUGCUGCUGCUCAGAGGAAGGCUAUUCUUGAGCAAGAGGCUGCAGCACUCAGAGAGAAAACUGCUGCCGUUGCCAAUGCUGGCCUGCCUGCUACCAGUACCUGGGGUCACGGUUCGCCCGCUCCUUCUGCCAGCCCUUGGUCCAAGCCCGGACCCUCCAAAACCACUUCUACUUCUACCCCCUCAGCUUCAGCCUCAAGCAAGAAGACUCUCGCUGAGAUACAACGUGAGGAGGAGCUUCGAAAGCAAAAGGCAAGCCAGCAGGUGAGCUCACAGGCCGGAACCCCGACUAGCGUAUCAAAGAGUUAUGCCAACCUCGCUGGGAAACCUGGCCAGUCUACACUCACCAAUGCUGCAUCUGCGGCGGCGGCGGCGGCCGCGCCACCCCCUGGAAGCGGCUGGGCAACCGUUGGUGCCGGUGGCAAGAUCAAGGCACCCGUUGGCCCCUCGUCUCAAAGCCGAUCCGUCAGCGGAACGACCGUCAAGCCUAUGACCUCUCCCGUGAGGUCUAUUUCUAAACCAGCUGCGUCAACUAACGGCAAAGCCGAGGGCGGCAACACUGCUAUGGAAGAAUUCAACAAGUGGGUGAACCGGGAGCUCUCCCGGGGCAUCACUGGUGCUAUUGAUAAUCCUCUAGUUCCCACCUUCCAAGCUGCCCUCGACGUGUUGCCCCUCGACACUGGCUUGAUUGCUGAUGCUGUUUACUCCAACUCAACCACCAUGGAUGGCCGUCAUUUUGCCGAGGAGUUUGUUCGCCGUAAGAAGCUCGCUGAACGUGGAGUAGUCGAAAAGCAGCCCGACAACAAGGGAGGAAACGGGGGCGGUUGGAGUGAAGUUGCCAAGAAGGGAAGCUCGACCAGUGCUGCUGCAGUCGCUACUAGUCCUCGCGAUGAUGCUAGCAUGCAGGCCGCGGGAUUCAAGGUCGUGCCCGGCCGCAAGAAGGGCAAGAAAUAG